UCUUUCUUCCCCACUCGGCUCCUCUCCCCCCUCGCGCCCACAGCGUUUGGUGUUGAUUCGAGCGGGAAGAGGGGGGUGGGUGGGAUUGGAGGGGGAGACCAUGACCUCCAGCUACGGGCACGUUCUGGAGCGGCAACCGGCGCUGGGCGGCCGCUUGGACAGCCCGGGCAACCUCGACACCCUGCAGGCGAAAAAGAACUUCUCCGUCAGUCACCUGCUAGACCUGGAGGAAGCCGGGGACAUGGUGGCAGCCCAGGCGGACGAAAGCGUGGGCGAGGCGGGCAGGAGCCUGCUGGAGUCGCCGGGACUCACCAGUGGCAGCGACACCCCGCAGCAGGACAAUGAUCAGCUGAACUCAGAGGAGAAAAAGAAGAGAAAGCAGCGGAGGAACAGGACGACCUUCAACAGCAGCCAGCUGCAGGCCUUGGAGCGUGUGUUUGAGCGGACGCACUACCCGGACGCCUUCGUGCGGGAAGACCUGGCGCGCCGCGUGAACCUCACGGAGGCCAGAGUGCAGGUGUGGUUUCAGAACCGAAGGGCCAAGUUCCGCAGGAACGAGAGAGCCAUGCUGGCCAACAAAAACGCGUCCCUGCUCAAGCCCUACUCAGGGGACGUGAGCGCCCUGGAACAGCCCAUCGUCCCGCGCCCCGCGCCGAGGCCCACCGACUAUCUCUCCUGGGGGACGGCGUCCCCGUACAGAGACACUCAACCUGCUGACAUCCCCAGAGUUCCACAGGACGUUACUAGUUGCCCCAGGAGCAGGGUUUGGGGCAGAAGAGAGAGGGGCAGGCCAUCAGCAGUCUCUUCGUGGACUCGGGAACUCUUGCAAAGUAUUCAAAGAUGGGGAAGAAUCUAAAAGGAAAGACCAAUAAUAAGCUGUGCCCACUGCCCCUUUCCGCAGCCAUUCUGGAACAGAACUACCCCAUUUCUAAAUUGCAGAUAGAUUUGUGUUCUUAGGCUCAAUUAGGGAAUUAACAUGCAAGGCUCCAAACUCGCAGUGAAACUGAUUUUGAAUUAGAAGAAAAGAAAGACAGGAGGGAGGGAGGAAGGGAAGAAGGGAAAUAGGAAGGAAAGAAGGGAGGAAGGGAGGGAGACAGUGAUGCAGACACAAGGAAGGAAAACCCGAGCUCAUUCCAAUCACUUUCACAACCUCAGUUCCUUAUUAGUUAGUAGGUGGAACUUUCUUAGGAUCCCAAAUGCUUUCUGUUCUGUUGCUAAUUCUUAUCUACUUGUCUGGAGGUGUCUUUGGGAGUCAGUUGUGUGUGUGUGUGUGUGUGUGUGUGUGCACUUGUGUAUGUUUUAAAUAAAAAAAAAAAGAAUGUAUAAUUUACACUAAACUUUUAUAUUAAAAAAGUGACUUUUUUGAAGAAGCAAAUGGCAGAGUGCUAUUUCAGUCGGGUGCUCAGCGCCACAUGGCUGGUCCAGGGUGCCUUUCUCUGAACCUAGACCUGAGCGUUCUAAGAAACCAGGUCAAGUCUGCAUGUUCUCGUCUGCUGAUGUCAAUGGAAGAAGUGUUCGCAAAUUCACUUAUUGUGCCUUUGUUUACCUUUUUCUUGUCAAGGUUAAUUAUGAGCUUAAGGACAGGCUUUAGACUAACCGAACUAACAGUUCCCUAGCAGAAACCUAGCCCCUGAAGUGAAAAGCAAAUGCUUUCCAGAUCUGAUAGCUCCGAUCCAAACCAAAAGCCUCACCUAAAUGUUCUGUCUAUGACAGAGCAGUUCGUGAGAGAAACACUAUAAAUGCGUUUGGGAAUGUCUUUUAUAUUCCUUGUUGUAAAAUUAGCCUGAAUUAACUCUGGUCUUAGUACAUAGUGGCCCCACGUAUAGGAAGCUGUGUUCUGGGACCCCAUUACCCUCAUCUUUGCUGAUUUUGAAAGAUUAAUUUUAUCUGUGUGUCCUAUUUCUUCCCUAGGAUUUACUAAAAACAGGACCAUCGUGAUCACAUAUUCUUUAAUAUUUUAAAAGAGUGAAGGGCUGCUUUGUUUCUCUUAUGAGUACUGGUAGUCCACAGACUCACUAAAUGGCUUGUGGGUCUAGUUUAUAGUCCAGGGACUCAAGUUCUUGGGCGUGAAUGUGGUCAUAACCAGGAAGCAUUACUCCUCUUUCUGCCUGCAUGCUCCUUAAGGUCUCCUCACACCCAUAAAUAACCCAGACGGCUGCCAUGUGGUCCUUGCCAGGGACAGACUGAGCACAGUGCCCUGCAUAUGGGGACAAAGUCCUCUGGAACCAGUGUCAGGUUAGACACCGGCUGCAGCAAAAGCCAAGCCUCAGGGUCCACACCAGGAGCAUUUAGUAUGUGGGCAUCUAACUGAAGCUGUUAACCUGGCAAGUCGUGUGUGCCUUUUUGGAAAUAUUCUAUUUUAAUUAAAAAGAUGAUAAAGAAAAUCUAGAGCUGUUUUCAAAAGACACAUCAUUCUAUCAUCUUGAUAUAACUAGUUUGUUCUCUUCUACGACUAGAGUUCAAUAUUUUAAAUAGUGUAGCCUUAGUGUACAUAUUAUUUUGUAUUCUGCUCUUUUCACUUAAGAUCAUAUAACCUAUUACUUCUUGCUCAUUUAUGGUGUGCUUUUAUAUCAUUUCUUAGAUACAAGAGUGUAAAAAUUAAAACAAUAUUACAGAACCUGAUUGUUCAUAUUCUGUAUGAAGAAUAAAUUAAUCUCCAAAUUUAAGUAGAAAAGCGAUGGUUUAAAGCAGUGAG